ACAGGACUCAAGCUUAAAAAGGACAAAUGUAAAAUUGGGGUGCCCUCUACAGAUUUUCUGGGAUUCAAAAUUGAUGCCAAUGGGAUUCAUCCUGCUGAGUCCAAGUUAAAAGCUAUCAUGCAAACUCCUAGGCCUAAGUCCAAAGCUGAACUGCAAGCUUUCCUGGGCCUCUUGACUUUCUAUAAUUCAUUCAUUCCUGAGAAGGCUAAUGUAGCUGAACCACUUCAUAGGCUUCUGGACAAACAGGCAGUGUGGCAGUGGUCACAAGCACAUGAAGCAAGCUUCAAUGAGGUUAAGGCCUUACUCACAUCCAACAAUGUGCUUUCACAUUUUAAUGAAACUCUUCCUGUGUGCAUCGCUUGUGAUGCUUCUCCUUAUGGAGUGGGAGCAGUACUCAGCCACCUCAGACCAGAUGGAACUCAGGUUCCUGUUGCGUAUUACUCUAGAACCUUGUCUUCUGCUGAACGAAACUACGCCCAGAUAGACAGGGAGGCCUUAGCUGUUGUUGCUGGAAUUAAAAAAUUCCAUGAUUUCACGGUCUACACUGACCAUAAGCCUUUGUUGGGGUUGUUUACAACAAACAAACAGACUCCCCAUAUCAUCUCCCCCAGGAUGCUCAGAUGGUCAAUCUUUCUAUCAGCCUAUGACUUUUCUUUAAUUCACAAACCUGGCAAGGAAAUGGGUCAUGCUGAUGGCCUCAGUAGAUUAUGUCUGCUGUGGGGCAGCAAAGUUGUCAUUCCUACCUCAAUGAGGUCUAGGGUCUUAGAUUCCCUUCAUGAGGGCCAUCCUGGCAUUGUACGAAUGAAGGCGCUUGCACGCAGCCAUUUGUGGUGGCCUGGGUUAGACAAGGAAAUUGAGGCUAAGGUGCACGCAUGUCACCUUUGUCAGUGCUCACGCCCAGAAAUGCCUCAGGCCCCUGUGCAUAGAUGGGAGGAAACACAGUCUCCAUGGUCUAGAGUGCACAUCGAUUACGUUGGGCCCUUUCAGGGUCAAUUCUUCUUGGUCCUGGUUGAUAGCUAUUCAAAAUGGCUUGAGGUUGUACCUGUCUCUUCCACCACCACUGCAAAGACUAUUCAAGUACUGAGAGGGAUUUUUGCUGCACAUGGGCUUCCGGAUGUUUUGGUGUUUGACAAUGGCCCUCAAUUCUCUUCUUCCGAAUUCCAAGCUUUCUUACAGGCCAACAUGAUUCAUCAUGCCACCUCCGCGCCUUUCUACCCUUCCACCAACAGUAUGGCUGAACGGAUGGUCUGCAUCACCAAGGAUGCUUUAAAGAAACUGACCUAUGUGGACUGGCACCACAGGUUGGCUGAUUUUCUUCUUGCUUACCGCACCACACCCUCAACUUCUACGGGGAGAAGCCCAGCUGAACUUCGCUGGGGGUGCAAACUAACUACUAAACUUGACCGGUUGCAU